AUGGAGAUUUACGUGCGAAUUAAUGACGACUUCGAGAAGGACUAUGCUUUUCAGGUGGAGAAGGAGGAUACGUUUGAAGACAAGAUAUUGAAAAUAUUUAGUUAUGAGAAAGGAUUAGCGAAGUUUAUGGCCUUGCGUCCUUCUAUAUUUUAUAUGGAUCAGCCUUCUGAAUUGUACAAGUCUACACAUCCUGGGUUUUUAACAGAAAAUGGAUGCCUGCUGUUCGAUUACGAAGCUGAUGAAGAACAAUAUUUGGAGCUUUUGGAUACCCAGAAGGAGAUCUGUAAUCAGUUGUGGCCGGGACAAUUGGUAAUUCCCAAGUUCGAGAAAUCUUGGCCUACGAUUGUUGGUUAUGUUAUCAUUAUGCUUGCUUGGCUGUAUACUGAUGUGCCUGAUGUUAUCUCCCCAACACCAGGAAUCUGUUUGACAAACCAGGUUUCCAGGGUAUUCAUAAUACUAACCAUGGCUUUAAAUUACCCCCAUAUUGCUACGAAGUUAGCAGAGGAAAUAGAAGUGGGUUCCACUGGAGUUGUAGCCCAGUGGAUCUUUUUUGCACUACACAUUAUAAAGUUGGUUGUUAUUACAUUUUUCUUUUAUACCGGCACAGUUAAUCCUAUUUCGUUCAAUCCUUUAAGUUUCUAUCGAACAAGGUCUAUCAUUGUCGGAAAGAAUAACAAGGAAUUGACUGACAUCUUAAAAUCCGUUGGUUGGAUUGGAGCUAGGCGUGCUCCUUAUGACGCAUACCGGGAUGUAUACUACAAUUACGAGUUUGAAAAAGCAGGUGGCGCUGUUGCUGCAUAUAAGCUUGGUAUUCUCAAAAAGGCUGCACAACCAGGUGUUGCGUUGACUGCUGGGGAAGGGUUUCAAACUCCUUUAAAAGAGAGAUUUGGAGGUAAAACCUUUGCUCCUAUGGAAGAAUCUCAAAAAUUUUUAUUGUCUGAGGAAUACUUUGUUCAGCUUGAAAAGGAUCUAAAAGAAAACAUCAAUAAGUGCGAAGACGAUGUACCCAAGAUCAAUGCUGAAAUUAGGAGGUUCAGAAGGUUUGGUCUCUUCGAGUCUUCUGAAAAAUUAACCCGUUUAGUACAAUUAAGAAAAGAAUCUGCACUUAAAAUUGAUGACGAAAAUGAACCUUCUUUAAAAGAAAAGAAAAACCAGUAG